AUGGGUUACUGGAAAUCAAAGGUUGUUCCAACGAUGAAGAAAUUGUUCGAGAAGAAGAAGGCUCCGGUGGAAGAGAAGCCACGAGAGGUGGUGGAGGAGGUUGUCAAAACCGAAGAACCAGCCAAAGUGGAAGAAACCAAACCGGUGGAAGUUACAACCGGCGAGAAAGAGAUUGAAAUAGUUGAAGAGAAGAAAGAAGAGGUUACACCGGCUCCGGUUCCGGUCCCGGCUGCUAUGGAGGAGAAGAAGCCAGCCGUGGAAGAGGAGAAGAAGGCCCCUGUCGAGGAGAAGAAGCCAGCCGUGGAAGAGAAGAAACCAGCCGUGGAAGAAGUGAAGAAAGACGUUGUUACCGCAGCGCCGGUGGCUGAAACUCCAUCGACCAAGGCCCCGGUAACUUCUCCGGCGGUUGAGUCGGCCAAGGCUCCGGAAACACCUAAGGCUUGA